UAAUUUGUUCGUUGACCCGAUCGGGCGCUGCGUCCGCGCACGUACUACUUGCCGCGUAUGUAAUAUCGCACAGGAAGUCGAUCUCGAUGAGUGCUUUUUUUCACAAGUUGCCAUUUAUCUUCCAGUGAUUGAUUUUUAUCGUUCGUAUAUAUUUGUUAACUGUUUUACGACAGCUAUCUAAACGGAACAUCAUCAUGUUUCCGCCAAAAUUAACACUCUGGUGCCUCGUGCUUGCGUGUAUAACGUUGACGACUGCAGAAUUAUUUACUGCAAUAUCUGAGGUCGAGCCUCUACUUGAGACCCACAAACGAAUCAUAGAUGACCUCGACGAUUACAUUCGUAAAGAAGAAGAAAGGCUGAAUAUUUUGAAAAGGCAUUUAAACAUUUACAAGCGUGAACAUAAACUAGCAAUGGAAGAUAUCCCCAAUUACUUGGGGAACCCAAUUAAUGCGUUUACCCUCAUAAAGCGGCUAACUUCAGACUUGGAUCAUAUCGAACGCAGCAUUGAAAUCGGAACAGAUUACAUAAAGAACCUGACGGUAAAUCACGCGGAUGUCAAGUAUCCGAAUUUAGAAGACCUGGCUGGAGCGGCUCAUGCGCUAACCAGGUUGCAAGAAACUUAUCAUUUGGAGGUCGAGGAAUUGGCUGAGGGAAGAUUGAAUGGUGUUAUUUACAGUACGCCAAUGAGUGCUGGCGACUGUUACGAGCUUGGUAAAGCGUUAUACAAUGAAAAGGACUAUACAAAUGCCUUGGCGUGGAUGACGGUAGCCUUAAGAAAAUAUAAGGAGGAAAACCAACCAUAUUUGUUCAAGGAAGUCGAUAUUAUGGAGUACAUUGGAUUCUCGCAUUAUUUGCUGGGUGACGUUAAAACUGCGUUAGAAUGGACAAAGAAGAUGUUGGCUCUAGACCCUAAACACGUGCGAGCGAGUGGCAAUGUACAGCAUUAUAACAAAUUUAUCUCCGAAACUGAGGAAAAAUUGAGAAAACGGCGACGAGGCGAAACUGGAGAAGACGUAGAAGAAGAAGAGUAUGUGAAGCCAAAGGAAAAACUUUCAGACUACGCUAAGGAAAGAAAAGUGUAUGAAAAGUUGUGUAGAGGAGAAAUGGACAUUCCGCAAGAAAUCGCCAAGACGUUGACAUGUAGAUAUUUGACGGAAAAUCACCCGUUCCUAAAGAUCGCGCCAGUCAAAAUGGAAUACAUGUACCGCAACCCGGAUAUCAUCAUGUUCUAUGAAGUGCUUAGUGACAAUGAGAUUGAAUAUAUCAAAAACUUGGCAAGACCACGAUUCAAGCGCGCCACAGUGCACGACCCGAAGACAGGCGAGCUGGUACCAGCGCACUACCGCAUCAGCAAGUCAGCGUGGCUCAAGGACGAGGAGAGUUCAUUGGUAGCGCGUGUAUCUCAGCGCACGUCCAUGCUGGCCGGGCUCAGCGUGGCGACUGCGGAGGAGCUGCAGGUCGUCAACUACGGGAUCGGCGGCCACUACGAGCCGCACUACGACUUCGCGCGGAAACAAGAGAGUGCAUUCGAUAAAUUCAACGGCAACAGGAUUGCUACAGUGUUAUUCUAUAUGUCAGACGUAGCGCAAGGGGGGGCGACGGUAUUCACGGAACUGGGUCUGAGCGUGUUCCCGGUGCGCGGUGCUGCGGCGUUCUGGCUGAACCUGCACCCGUCGGGCGAGGGAGACCUGGCCACCAGACACGCGGCCUGCCCCGUGCUCAGGGGCUCCAAGUGGGUGUGCAACAAAUGGAUUCACCAAGGAGGCCAAGAGUUCAUAAAGCCGUGCAACUUGGAGUAUCAGACCGAAGGCAUCCGACGCAAGAUUCCCAAACCAGUGCCCAAAUCGUCCAGAUAGGGAAGCAUUUUACGUGUUUUGAAGAAACUGGUAUUGAAAAAAAGAACUUUAAAGUGAACGUCAAGGGUUUAUACAAAAUUAGGACUUUUUAACGGUUUUAGUAUAAAAUAAGUCCCUUAUUCCCAGUGUGAAGAUAAAUUAGGUAACUAAUUCUCAUAUUAAAAUACGUAGAUAAAGUAGUUUAAAAUAUUCCAAAUUUUCUUGCCCAGUUUUUAUGUAUUUUUCGUUUUGUUUUAUGGAUAUAUAGAACUAUGCUACAGAAUCAAUAUUAUAACGCUUUUUAUUUUUUUAGGCUUGAUGUAUCUGUAGUUCGUUUAAAGUUAUACAGAGUUUAUUAAUAUAUUUCGAAGAAUAGUUAAUAUAUGGCCAUCUUACGCACUUAUUUACUCGAUUGUAAAUCCACUAUUGUACUGAUACUUUGGCACUUGUUAUAUUUUUUUUGUAAAAUCUUAAGAUCUGUAUUAAAUGCCAAUAUUUUUAAGCGGCAAUCUUUUUUAAUAUUUUUUUCAUUAUUGAAAAAUUUUGCGUUUUGUAGAGUAUUGAUAAUUGUCAGAUCUUUUAUAAUACGUAAUUAAGAGCUAAUGAACAUUUUAUAUUAUAAGUAAUUAAUAAACACAAUAUGUGUCGUUUAUUGUAAACAAUGUAAUGCAUUCGUUCCUGUUUGCAAUUUAGACGUAACUCAAUAAAAUUAUUACUUAUUAAAA